CAAGCCAACAAAGGGCAAAAGAAAGUUGUGUUUGAACCUGGACAUUGGGUUUGGGUGCAUAUAUGCAGAAGGAGCGAUUCCCUGGACAAAGGCAUUCUAACUUGCAACCAAGAGGCGAUGGACCAUUUCAAGUGAUUGCAAGGAUAAACGACCAUGCAUACAAGUUGGAGCUUCCUGGUGAGUAUAAUGUUAGUGCUACUUUUAAUGUUUCUGAUCUUUCUCCUUUUGAUGUAGGUGAUGAUUUGAGGACAAAUCAUUUUGAGGAGAGAGGGAAUGAUGGGAAUCAAGACGAUAGCAUAUCUACCAUGUCAUGUGAUCCAUUACUGAUGGGAAUCAAGAUGACCCCACAUGUACCACAUCAAAAGAUCCAUUACACAUUCCAGGAGAAAUCCCUUGUCGUGCUGUGGGUCUCAUUGUUCUCUUUGGGGUACUCAUCAGCUGCGUUCUUUGCAAAGCAGCCUAUGGUUGUGCUUCUGUAUAAAGAUGCUUAUUUCAACACUAACGAACUUAAUGAUUCUUUGCCUAGUGCUGUUAAAUCUCUUUUGCAGGAUUUCAAGGAUGUGUUUCCAGAUGACAUUCCUAAUGGUUUACCACCAAUAAGAGGAAUCGGGGAUCAAAUUGACUUCAUUCCUGGUGCAACAAUUCCAAACCGACCAGCAUAUCAAAGCAAUCCCAAUGAGACGAAAGAACUUCAAAGGCAGAAGAACUUGAAGAAUUGGGAAGAGUGUUUGCUGCAGGUUGAAUUUGCUUAUAACCAGAGCAUCCAUUUAGCAACUAACUGUUCACCAUUUGAGGUUGCGUAUGGUUUUAAUCCACUCAUUCCUUUGGAUUUAUUGCCAUUACCUAUUGAUGAACAAGCUAGUUUGGAUGAAAAAAAGAAAGCUGAAGUGGUUAAGCAACUACAUGAGAGGGUGCGACAAAACAUAGAGCGACGAACUGAGCAAUAUGCAAAACAAGCCAACAAAGGACACAAGAAAGUUGUCUUUGAACUUAGAGAUUGGGUUUGGGUGCAUAUGCACAAGGAGCGACUCCCUGCACAAAGGCAUUCUAAACUGCAACCAAGAGGCGAUGGACCAUUUCAAGUGAUUGUGAGGAUUAAUGACAACGCAUACAAGUUGGAGCUUCCUGGUGAUGAUUUGAGGACAAAUCCUUUUGAGGAGAGAGGGAAUGAUGGGAAUCAAGACGACAGCAUAUCUACUACGUCAUGUGAUCCAUUACACACCCAAGGAGGACCAGUCACGUGAGCUAGAGCUAAGAAGAUGCGUGAAGCUUUAAAUGGCCUUAUUGAGCAGAUCUGGGUUGAAAACAACAUACAACAAGCAAAUCGAAGCUUGGAUGAUUAUCAAGGCAUGGUAAAAAUCAUUCAGGUUCAAGAGAAGCUUAGUUGAGGUCAUUUGUGCGCAAUUACACAGUUU